AAGAAGUUGCAUUAACAAUGGUGUCGGAUUUUAGGACGAAGAAGUACCUUCAUGUCUUCAAUACUUUUAUCGAUGUAAACAAAAAUGGUACCAUUGAUAAAAACGACUUUCUCGUAACCAUGCGUAAUGUAGCAAAGAAACGUGGCUACAAUCCUGGGGAUAUAAUUUACAAAUUUAUGGAAGAUAUGUUGGACCUCGUUUGGGAUGGACUUAUAAAAGCAGCAGACGCAGAUAGCGAUGGAACGAUCAACAAAGAUGAAUGGAUCAAGCUCUGGGACGAGUAUUCCAAGAAAGCAGAAAAGGCUGAUGAGUGGUAUCAACUCUACGCCAAGUGUAUUUUCCAACUAAUCGAUGCAGGAAGUGACGGAUCUAUAGAUGAUCAGGAAUUUGCAGAUUUCUUUGAGAAUUUCGGAAUCAGCAAAGACAAGUCGUUAGAAUCUUUUAAAAAAGCAGCUGGAGGUAAAAACAAAGUGAACUGGGAAGAGUAUUUUACUCUGUUCAAGGAAUAUUUUACUAGUGACGAUGUUAAUGCACCUGGUAGUUGUGUUUUUGGACAAAUAAAUUGA